AUGAAGAAGAAAGCUGAGAGAGGUUCAGUCACACAGCUCGCAGUGAGCGAGCCCGAUUACUAUAACCUUACGUACUUUACUAAUAAUAUGCAUGACACGGUGAGCGAGCGGCCUAAAACGGCGUCAAAAGCGGCCGUUUCUGGCCUCUCACUCACCGUGGGCGUUCUUGGCGUCACGUGCGCCAAAGCCCACGGCCGACCCCGUUUACUGCCACCCGUGCUCCGCGUUGGCGUGCCUGGUGCCUGGCCCCAUUGA